UUUCACCCCGGGAAAUCUAGCACGCCGAGUGAACUUGAAUCUUUGGCUAUUUAAGGAGGACUGGGUUUGUUGUGAAGUUGCGGUGAUCCAGCGCAGAGCCCUGUCCUGAUUGAUCGCAUCGCGGGGCUCAGAUGACUGUAAAAUGAAUAGAUGAAAUUCUUGCUUCUCGAAGAUUUUCUUGGGCAUCUCCGGGAAAGUGCGUUUUAAGGCGAAGUCAUGAUGUAUUCUCCCAUCUGUCUCACUCAGGAUGAAUUUCACCCAUUCAUCGAGGCACUACUUCCACACGUCCGUGCAAUCGCCUAUACUUGGUUCAACCUGCAGGCUCGGAAACGCAAGUACUUUAAAAAGCACGAGAAGCGAAUGUCAAAAGAUGAAGAAAGAGCAGUCAAAGAUGAGCUUCUCAGCGAAAAGCCUGAAAUCAAACAGAAGUGGGCAUCCAGGCUCCUGGCCAAACUGCGCAAAGAUAUCCGCCAGGAGUACCGGGAGGACUUUGUGCUCACCGUGACUGGCAAGAAGCACCCGUGCUGUGUCUUAUCCAAUCCUGACCAGAAGGGUAAGAUUAGGAGAAUCGACUGCCUGCGACAGGCAGACAAAGUCUGGCGUCUGGAUCUAGUCAUGGUGAUCCUGUUCAAAGGCAUCCCCUUGGAAAGUACCGAUGGAGAGCGGCUCAUGAAAUCCCCACAUUGCACAAACCCAGCACUUUGUGUCCAGCCACAUCAUAUCACAGUAUCAGUUAAGGAGCUUGAUUUGUUUUUGGCAUACUACGUGCAGGAGCAAGAUUCUGGACAAUCAGGAAGUCCAAGCCACAAUGAUCCUGCCAAGAAUCCUCCAGGAUACCUUGAGGAUAGUUUUGUAAAAUCUGGAGUCUUCAAUGUAUCAGAACUUGUGAGGGUAUCCAGAACGCCCAUAACCCAGGGAACUGGAGUCAACUUUCCAAUUGGAGAAAUCCCAAGCCAACCAUACUAUCAUGACAUGAACUCGGGCGUCAAUCUUCAGAGGUCUUUGUCUUCUCCACCAAGCAGCAAAAGACCCAAAACUAUAUCCAUAGAUGAAAAUAUGGAACCAAGUCCUACAGGAGACUUUUAUCCCUCUCCGAAUUCACCAGCUGCUGGAAGUCGAACAUGGCACGAAAGAGAUCAAGAUAUGUCUUCUCCGACUACUAUGAAGAAGCCCGAAAAGCCAUUGUUCAGCUCUACAUCUCCACAAGAUUCCUCACCAAGACUGAGCACUUUCCCCCAGCACCACCAUCCCGGAAUACCUGGAGUUGCACACAGUGUCAUCUCGACCCGGACUCCACCUCCACCCUCACCGUUGCCGUUUCCAACACAAGCUAUUCUUCCUCCAGCCCCAUCGAGCUACUUCUCUCAUCCAACAAUCCGAUAUCCUCCCCACCUGAAUCCUCAGGACACUCUGAAGAACUAUGUACCUUCUUACGAUCCAUCCAGUCCGCAAACCAGCCAGCCUAACAGCAGUGGUCAAGUGGUAGGGAAAGUGCCUGGCCAUUUCACUCCUGUCUUGGCACCCUCUCCCCAUCCCAGUGCAGUGCGGCCUGUGACUCUGCCCAUGACAGAUACUAAACCCAUCACUACAUCCACUGAAGGUGAGGCAGCUUCACCUACAGCAACCACCUACACAGCCUCAGGCACAUCUCAAGCCAAUCGAUAUGUGGGACUAAGCCCAAGAGACCCAUCCUUCCUACAUCAGCAACAGCUGAGGAUUUGUGACUGGACCAUGAAUCAAAACGGCAGGCAUUUAUACCCCAGUACCAGUGAGGAUACAUUGGGAAUUACUUGGCAAAGUCCUGGUACCUGGGCUAGCUUGGUUCCUUUCCAAGUAUCAAAUAGGACACCCAUCCUACCGGCAAAUGUCCAAAAUUACGGUUUGAACAUAAUCGGAGAACCUUUCCUUCAAGCAGAAACAAGCAACUGAGGGGAAAAAAUGAAAUACAACACUAGUUUAAGAAUUUUUUUUAGAAAAAAGAAAAGAGGAAGACUGGACAAAACAAACAGAACAAAAAGGGAGAAAGGAAGGAAACUGAAGAAAGAAGAUAAUAGACCAGCAAUCGCAGCACUUACAAUCACUAAUUCCCUUAAGGUUGAAACUGUAAUGACAUAAAAAGGGUCGAUGAUAUUUCACUGAUGGUAGUUCGCAGCCCCUGCAAAGUAGCCUUUGUUACAUGAAGUCCGCUGGGAAAUAGAUGUUCUGUCUCUAUGACAAUAUAUUUUACCUGACUUUCUAGAUGCCUUAAUAUUUGCAUGAUAAGCUAGUUUUAUUGGUUUAGUAUCUUGUUGUUUACGCAUGGAAUCACUAUUCCUGGUUAUCUCACCAACGAAGGCUAGGAGGCGGCAUCAGAGGUGCUGGGCGUGACAGAGCCAUGAGCCAGCCGUUUUAUAAGCACUCUGAUUUCUAAAAGUUAAAAGAAAUAUAUAUGAAAUCUCUGUAGCCUUUAGUUAUCAGUACAGAUUUAUUAAAUUUUGGCCCUUAACCCAGCCUUUUCCAGUGUGUAACCCAGUUUGAAAUCUUAAAAAAAAAAAAAAGAAAAAAAGAGGAAAAAAAAGAAAAAAAAAGGAAAAAAAGAAAAAAGAAAAAAAAAACAGUUUGAACACAAAAGGCUCUAUGGAAGAAAUGCCUCUUUGUAGGUGAAGUGUUAUCUCUGCAUGCAACAGUAAAAAUUAAUAUAAUAUUUUCCCCACAAAAGAAACACUUAACAGAGGCAAGUGCAAUUUAUAAAUUUAUAUCUAAAGGGGAAUCAUGAUUAUAAGUCCUUCAGCCCUUGGACUCUAAAUUGAGGGGAUUAAAAAGAAUUUAAGAGAAUUUUGAACGAAUUUAUUUUCCCCUCAGUUUUUGAGGGCAGUAAAAAGGCAUUAAAUCAAGACAAAUCAUGUGCUUGAGGAAAAAAAAAAAAUUAAUGAAAACACAGCACUUAUGUUGGUUUAGCUGCAGCCUCCUUGGAGGUAGAAUUUAUUUAUUUAAAAUUACUGGUUGCAUCAAGAACCCAUAGGGUGUACAAAAGGUUCUAUAAAAUCUGCAUUCUAGAGACAAAGAGGCAGGCAAAUCCAUGUCACAAGGGUAAAGCUUACAGUUUACAAACUGGGAAUGCCAGGGUGUAGGAUGUAAAAACGCACUCUUGAGAAAACAGAUGUAAUCAGGGUGCUGAAUACUUGCAUGGUGCUUUCAGACAUUAGCCUUGUUCAACAAACUUCUUGUAUUGACAGAUCUGUAGUGUGCAUGGGCAGACACAUUUUUGCCUCUCUGUCUCUUAAAAUUUUAAUUAAAAAUACUCUUUCCAGUAAUCCUAAUUUGCACGAAGAUAUAAUGUCCACAUUACGUGCCUUGCCUUGAAAUCUAAAAAAACAAAAAACAAAAAAAAAACUACAAAAAAACACAAAAAAGUGACAUCACUACACUUGUUUUGCUGCAUUUAUUAUCAUUUUAAAUCUUUACCAUUUUUAUGACAAAAUAUUUUGUACUCCAGACGAAGAAAA